GAGGCGGUUACUGCACUUAAUGCAGCAGCACCGCAGCGUUGGAAGGGGCCAAUUUAUGAAACCAAACGCGAGGAAGAAGCACGAAGAGGUUUGGGCUGCCGUUGCUGGAAAAAGUGUUGGAUAGACUGAAAAACGGCAGUCAAGAAGCUGCGCAAUGCCCACAGAGCGUUCGCCAGACGAACUGGAAACCUGUCGUUGCAGGACGGUCCAAAACCGUUGGAUGCCAUGGACCGGAAAAUUCUGGAGUUUUUUUUCCAGCGACAUGGUGGACGGUGAUGGGCUCACUCCCGAAAUUGGUUUGUCGACAACAGCUGAAAUGGUCGAUGUUACCAUUGAGGAUGAAGGUGAUGCUACUGCCAACAUUAGGUUGGACGCAAACGCGGACAGUUUGGACAUCUUCGAAGUGGAGGCACUUGAAGAGGUUGCAAUGGGUCAGGUGCUUGAGGUUGUGCCAAACAAACAGCAACCCAAACAGCGCACAAACCAAAGCUGUGUGGAAGAGGCGAGCAGUCUCAUUGAAAAUCACCAUGCGCAGCUGAAAGAGAUUUUGGAGAGACAACACAAAGAGCACAUGAGUGUUUUAAAUGGAAUUCACGAUACACUGAGAGCUCUGCUGGAAACCAUGACGGGAGCGACUGUUGCAUAAGGAGUAGGCACAGCAAAAUAUUCAUAUUUUCCAAAUAUUUUAUUCAUUGGUUGGGGCCAAGGCUUUGCGUAUGUACACAAAUAGCAGUAGCUGCUUCAAACGGGGUUACAUAGUUGCGCUCCAAUUGUUGUUGCAUUGAAAUCUAUUCCCGGAAGGACAGUAAUGUUCACUACAAUCGACUGUUAUUAUAAUAUAUAUUAUAAAAAAUAAAGAGUUAAACAUAA